UCCCUCACCUUGUUAGUUAAUAAAGAUUUAACGCGUAGUGUAAAUAGUAAAAUAUACUACACAUCUAUCAUGUGGGUUGAUAGACGCGCCGCGGGCGGCUCCGCCCCUCUCAUGUGACGUGACGCAGCAGGGGGGCGGGCUUGAGUUGACUCCGUCACGCCGCGUCAGUCUGGAGUCGCACAAUUAUGAAAAAUCCACCUUCCGCUGAAGCCGCAGCGGACGCAUACGACUCUCGCCGCCGUCACCGGGCUCCCCUUCCGAGGCUUCCCGAGCAGCACAGCGCCGAUCGAUGGCUACAAGCUCCGGACCUGAACGCUGAAGAUAAUGUCCCAGAAGUCCUGGAUAGAAAACACUUUUACCAGGAGGGAAUGUGUUUAUAUACUGCCUGUGUCAAAAGAUCCACACAGAUGUCUCCCAGGAUGUCAAAUCUGUCAGCAGCUCGUGAGAUGCUGCUGCGGGCGUUUGGUCCGGCAGCACGUCGGCUUCAGCGCUACCCUGGCGAUGAAAUACUCCGACGUGCGGCUGGCUGAAGGUGGGAUCUCUGAUCUGGAGCAGUGGUCUGUGGAGAAACAUACGGAGGAGACGCCGACUGACGCUUAUGGAGUCAUCAACUUCCAGGGUGGAUCUCAUUCGUACAGAGCCAAGUAUGUACGGCUGUCAUACGACUCACGACCCGACAACAUCUUGAGACUCAUGCUGAAGGAAUGGCAGAUGGAUUUGCCCAAAAUUGUCAUCAGUGUUCAUGGUGGGAUCCAGAACUUUGAUCUGCAUCCACGGAUCAAACAUGUGGUGGGAAAAGGACUUAUUAAAGCUGCUGUGACCACAGGGGCCUGGAUUCUGACUGGUGGAGUAAACACGGGUGUAGCCAAGCAUGUUGGUGACGCGCUGAAAGAACACCUCUCCAGAUCGUCACGGAAAAUCUGCACAGUGGGAAUCGCACCCUGGGGAGUUAUUGAAAACAGGAACGACCUCAUUGGAAGAGAUGUUGUAGCACCGUACCACACUCUGUUAAAUCCUCUCAGUAAACUAAACGUGCUGAACAACUUUCACUCACACUUUAUUCUGGUUGAUGAUGGAACGGUGGGGAAAUACGGAGCUGAAGUCAAACUGAGGAGAGAGUUGGAGAAACACAUUAACCUCCAGAGAAUACACGCACGCAUUGGUCAGGGCGUCCCUGUAGUGGCACUUAUUUUUGAGGGUGGUCCAAAUGUGAUCCUAACAGUGUUGGAGUAUCUUCAGGAGAGUCCACCAGUACCUGUGGUGGUGUGUGAGGGUACCGGACGGGCCGCAGAUAUACUGGCAUACGUCCACAAACAGACGGAGCCGGAUGGUGCGCUGCCUGAUGGCAUUGAAGCCGACAUCAUCGCCACAAUCAAAAAAACAUUCAACUUCAGUCAAAGUGACGCUCUGCAUCUCUUCCAAACACUAAUGGAGUGCAUGAAGAACAAAGAGCUGAUAACAGUGUUUCAUGUUGGUUCAGAAGAUCAUCAAGAGAUUGAUGUGGCGAUUCUGAAGAGUCUUCUCAAAGGCACUAACGUAUCGGCCUUUGAUCAGCUGGUCCUGACGCUGGCGUGGGACAGGGUGGACAUCGCUAAAGAUCACGUCUUUGUUUAUGGACAACAGUUGCUGGUGGGCUCUCUUGAACAGGCGAUGUUAGAUGCAUUAGUAAUGGAUCGUGUGGAGUUUGUUAAACUACUAAUCGAGAACGGCGUCAGCAUGCACAGAUUCCUUACAAUUACACGUCUGGAGGAGCUUUACAACACGAAACAGACUCCAACUAAUCCAACUCUCUAUCAUCUGGUCAGAGAUGUGAAACAGGGUAACCUCCCCCCCAAUUAUAAGAUCACACUUAUCGAUGUCGGAUUGGUGAUCGAGUUUCUCAUGGGUGGGACAUACAGAUCCAACUACACCCGCAAGCGCUUUCGAAUCAUCUACAACAACCUUCAUGGAAACAGUCGGCGGUCGGGGAGACACACGGCCAGCACCUCACACGAGUCCUUCAGCAUUCAGGCCGAUAAAAAAGAGAAAACCAGACAUGAUCACUUCAUCAAGACCGCACAGCCCUACAAACCCAGAUUGGAUUCGACGUCUGAGCAACAGAAGAAGAAGAGUAAAGAGGAGGUGGUGGACAUCGAUGACCCAGAGACCCGGCGCUUCCCGUACCCGUUUAACGAGCUGCUGGUGUGGGCCGUGCUGAUGAAGAGGCAGAAGAUGUCGCUGUUCUUCUGGCAGCACGGAGAAGAGUCCAUGGCCAAAGCCCUGGUGGCCUGCAAACUUCUGCGCUCCAUGGGCUACGAGGCCAAGAAGAGCGACGUGGUUGAUGACACGUCAGAGGAACUGAAGGAGUACUCAAAUGAGUUCGGUACGCUGGCCGUGGAUCUGUUGGACGAGUCGUUCAGGCAGGACGAGACCAUGGCCAUGAAGCUGCUGACUUACGAGCUGAAGAACUGGAGCAACUCCACCUGUUUAAAACUGGCCGUGUCGUCGCGGCUCCGCCCCUUCGUGGCUCACACCUGUACGCAGAUGCUGCUGUCCGACAUGUGGAUGGGGCGGCUUAACAUGCGAAAGAACUCUUGGUACAAGGUGAUUCUGAGUAUCCUCGUUCCACCGGCAACCCUUCUGCUGGAGUACAAGACCAAAGCCGAGAUGUCCCACAUUCCCCAGUCUCAAGACGCCCAUCAGAGCAUGGAGGACAGCGAACACAACCUCCAAAACCCUGAUGACAUUCAGAUGGAUGUGUUUAAAGAAGUUCGUCUGAAUGACAACGCUGAUGCAAGCGAAUCGGAGGUCCACGUUCGUUCUCGACGAUUACCCAUCACACGCAAGUUCUACGCUUUUUACCACGCUCCCAUUGUCAAGUUCUGGUUCAACACGCUCUUUUAUAUCGGCUUCCUGAUGUUGUAUUCAUAUGUGGUGCUGGUGAAAAUGGAGAAACUUCCAUCACCUCAGGAAUGGGUCGUCAUUCUCUACAUCUUUACAUUAGCUGUAGAGAAGAUACGAGAGAUGUUCAUGUCAGAAGGAGGCAAAAUCAGUCAGAAGAUUAAAGUCUGGUUCACUGAUUACUUCAAUAUUUCCGACUUCCUGGCCAUGGUCAUGUUCUUCUUCGGGUUCGGUCUGCGUUUCGGAACAAAUAACGUUUUUAUUGCGGGUCGGAUCGUUUACUGCUUGAACAUCAUCUUCUGGUACGUGCGGCUGCUGGACAUUCUGGCCGUCAAUCAGCAGGCCGGGCCGUACGUCAUGAUGAUUGGAAAAAUGGUGGCAAACAUGUUUUAUAUCGUUGUGAUUAUGGCUGUUGUAUUGCUGAGUUACGGAGUUCCUCGUAAAGCCAUAUUGUACCCAAACGAGGAGCCCUCGUGGACUUUGGCCAAAGACGUGGUUUUCCAGCCGUACUGGAUGAUGUAUGGAGAGGUGUACGCGUAUGAGAUUGACGUGUGCUCAAACACGAGCGAGGAUCACGCUAAGGAACUGUGUGCGACGGGCGUGUGGUUGACUCCGCUGCUGCAGGCCGUCUAUCUGUUCGUUCAGUACAUUCUCAUGGUGAACCUCCUCAUCGCCUUCUUCAAUAAUGUGUACAUGCAGGUGAAGUCCAUGUCAAACCUGGUGUGGAAAUACCAGCGUUACCAUUUCAUCAUGGCAUAUCAUGAUAAGCCUGUCCUGCCGCCCCCUCUGAUUCUGCUCAGUCAUGUGGCGUCUCUCCUGUCGUCUGUCUGCAGGAAGAGGAAGAAGGACAGCAGCACCUACGGGCCAAAGCUCUUCCUGACAGAGGAGGACCAGAAGAAGCUUCAUGACUUUGAGGAACAGUGUGUGGAGACGUAUUUUCAUCAAAAGGACGAUCAGUUUCACUCCGGCAGCGACGAGAGAAUCAGACUCACGUCUGACAGAGUUGAAACGAUGUGCGUACAGCUGAAGGAGGUUGGGAACAAAGUGAACUUCAUCAAGCGAUCUUUGCACACUUUGGACUCUCAGAUCGGGCACUUGCAGGAUCUGUCGGUGCUCACGGUGGACACGCUGAAAGCCCUGACGGCCCAGCGGGCAUCCGAGGCCAGCAAAGUCCACAACCAGAUCACCAGAGAGCUCAGCGUCUCCAAGAACCUCGGGCCCGGCCCGUCUGACGUCGCUGGUCCAUCGAAAUCGAACGCCUUGGUGCGGUGCAGUGUGGGUUUCCUGCCCCCCGUGGCCAGCAUAGCCGACUCCCUGUUUGGGGGCGGGGCCAAAGACCGAACGCCGCAGCACCGCGGUACGGAGCCUCGUCUGAGCUCAGAAAGAUCGGCUUCGGCUGGAUUUUCAGGUUUCGCCUCACCGCAGACGCGCUCGCUGAUGGAUUCUCACGCAAACUCCCCUCAGCUGCGUCUGCGUGGACGAUCUCUGCGCGAGGGGAACGCCGGCCGACUCGAAGACGCCAGUCCCUCCGGUCUCGUCAGCGCUCCGGCCGGCACCGCGACGUUCUUCGUCAGCACCCCCACGCAGCUCACUGACUCGCAGUCCGCCGUGCGCUCCUAUAUGGCUCGAGCGCAGACGCCUCCUCGCACUGCGCAGACAGAGCUGCCGCAUGCCACCGUGGAGUAUGGGGCGUUUGUGGGUCACAAGGAUGAGCCGGAGGGUCAGAGGUCAUUCCCGAAGGAGGUUUCAGCUGGUGGCCAGCAGCCGAGUCCAUCCAGGAAAGAUCGAGAUGCGGCGGCGUUACAGGGUCACAUGCGGACAGUGAACUCGUACGCCGGUUUCACCGAGUUUGACAGAAACCCUUCGUUCUUGCAUCCAGAGUCCACGCUCAGUAAACAGGAAAAGAAUCGAGUUUCAUUGGAGGACAUCUCACGACAUGAGGAUCUGUCAGCUGCAGUGCUAUUGGGUAAAUCGGUGCAAUCCAGCAAACUGAGUACAGGAGACGAUGUUUUAAAUGCUGCUGCGGGUCUGUACGCCGCCCGACACCUCGGUGCACGCAAGGACUCGAUCGGUUCUCCCUUCAAGCCCAUGGACAGUUAUCAGUAUUCAGCGGUGGAACGUAAUAACCUGAUGCGGUUGUCUCAGAGUAUACCAUUUACCCCAGUGCCCCCCAGAGGUGAACCCGUCACCGUGUACCGACUGGAGGAAAGUUCUCCCAACAGCAUCAAUAACAGCAUGUCGUCGUGGGCACAGCGUGGUCUCUGCGCAAAGAUCGAGUUCCUCAGUAAGGAGGAAAUGGGCGGUGGCCUGCGGAGGGCAUUAAAAGUUCUCUGCACCUGGUCCGAGUAUGACAUUCUGAAACCAGGACACCUUUAUAUCGUCAAAUCCUUCCUGUCUGAGGUGGUCAACACCUGGCAAACCCUUUACAAAGAAGAAACGGUCCUGCAUCUCUGUCUCAGGGAAAUUCAGCAGCAGAGAGCAGCUCAGAAACUCACCUUUGCCUUCAAUCAGAUCCGACCAAAGACCAUCCCAUACUCACCCAGGUUCUUGGAGGUUUUCCUGCUGUAUUGUCAUUCUGCGGGUCAGUGGUUCGCUAUCGAGGAAUGUAUCACCGGAGACUUUCGCAAGUUUAAUAACAACAACGGAGAUGAAAUCGUUCCCACCAACCUACUGGAAGAAACCAUGCUGGCGUUCAGUCACUGGACGUAUGAAUACACGCGAGGAGAACUGCUUGUGCUGGAUCUGCAGGGGGUGGGUGAGAUUCUGACGGAUCCGUCAGUCAUUAAGAGCGGAGAGAAAGGGUCCUAUGAUAUGAUCUUUGGUCCUGCAAACCUGGGAGAUGAUGCCAUACGAAAUUUCCGCGCCAAACAUCACUGCAACUCCUGCUGCCGAAAACUCAAACUUCCAGAUCUGAAGAGAAACGAGUACACGCCAGAUAAACUAGCAGUGCAGCACGACUCGUCCGAGGGUCCGUCCCACUCACCGCCUGCAGGGGGCGCCACUAAAGAACAGCGGCCCUCAAUGCAUUUAAUGCUGUGAGAAAACAUACACUGUCCUGAGUAACACAUGAAAAAGAGAAACACUGUGUGUGUGUGUGUGUGUGUGUGUGUGCGUCUGUGUGCGCGCGUGUGUGUGUGCGUGCGUGUUGGACCGCUGUAUGUUUUUAUAUGACGUUACAUUGAUAAUGUGUUGCCUCUGAGCAAAUGAACAGAUGCAAUCCAGAGAUGUUUUAUUAAGUCUCGUGUAUAAUGGGGAUUAUCAUCUUUUAAGAGUAUUUUUUAAAGUUUUUAUGUCCAUAUAAAAUUAUAACUGGUACAAUAUCAAUUUAAAAUAAAGUAUUUAUUCUAAACAACAAAACGUUGCCUUGUAAAAAAUGCUAUUAAUUUUCAGUGCAAUGUUAGUCUCUUACUGGUUUUGAAGAGAUCACAGAUGAUCAGACUUUGUACAGAGCUGAAUGCCAACAGAAUUUGUUUUGAUGUACAGACAACUAUACGUGGAGCGCUCGUAUGAAUGUAUUCAAGGUUCAUACACGUUCAGAUCUCGUGUAGACGAUGGGCAGAUUGCAAUGCAAAUGACAGCGUAGUAGUAUGUGUGAUAUAUCAUUGUGCCGAACACUGAAAGUCCACACAAUCCAAACCCAAAUCAAUAAUGUUACAGCUGUACUCUGGUCUGUUGCUGUCGCUGGAGUAUUGUGUGAGAGAUAUCUAGUGUAUCUUAUAGAUACAAUCAUCUGGCACCAGCUGAAACAUGAUGCGAAUAUUUGAUGCUGGAGAUAUUCAUGGAUCUGUAAACAUUUUUUACUGUACAUUUAAACAAUAAAAGACUGAAAAGCAUCCUCA